CGAAUUUUGGCAAAAUCAGCCUCCACUCAAAAUUGGAAAAAAAAAAAAAUGCCCUUUUCCAGAUUUUCAUCUUUCUCUCUAAACAUAUUCUCCAUCUCUCCUUUCUAGCCAUUUGCUCCUCUUUCUCUGUCACUCUCUUCUUUUUUUUGUUCCACUCUUUCUUUUUUUCCUUCUCCUUUUGACUCUCAAUUUUAUCAAUUAUCUUCUUUUCUUUGAUCUUUGUUUCUUUCUUUGGGUCUCCAGAUUCAACUUAUAUCAGAAAAGGAGGAUGGCUGAUGACUAGUUUUAUAAGAUGGUAUUUCAAGGAUAUGGACGUAAGCUACUUAUCACCCUGCAAGGCAUUAUGUUUGAGGAACCUGCUAGUUCUGCUGAUGGAGAAAUCAAAGUGAGCUUUGGCUAUCAAUGUAGUGGGAGAAAAGCUGUACGUGAUAAUGCUGAUGAAUAUGAAAUCAUUCCUAAGCCUCGACUUCGAAGAACUAGCGGAUCUUUCUCCUGUCUUUCUGGUGCUGCCUUAAGUGCUAAUACUACAUUAGCUAACACUAACAUCUGCAAUGGCAUAAUAGGCGCAGAGAUACUGCCUAGUUGGGACUCGCCUAAUUCAUUCCGCAGGAUUCCAUCUUCUCCAUCACUUUCUUCUAAAGUGGACAUAUUGUCAUCUUCUCUCCAGAGUACAUUGUCAAACUUGAGUGUUAGUCCAUCUUCUCUUGGAGAAUCACCUGAAACUGAUUCAUAUCUUAAGUUCAUGAGUGCUUCUUCCCCAAAUGAAGGCUUUCUCAAUGCUAUGGAAGUGCAAGUUGCUGGUGGAGCUGCCGGUGAAGAUAGGGUUCAAGCUGUUUGCUCUGAAGAAGAUGGUUGGCUCUUUUGUGCUGUUUAUGAUGGAUUUAAUGGAAGAGAUGCAGCUGAUUUCCUAGCUGGAACUUUAUAUGAUACCUUCUUAAUGAACUUCAACUCAUUUAAUUGGGAUAAUAAAGAAGACUCAGCUGAAGUAUCUAAUCAUUUGGCUUCAGGUGAUUCAUUGCAGAAUAUGCUUGAAGAUAGAAAUAUUUCUGAUGUUGGGAAAAGUUUUCCAAGAAUAGGUGGUAAAAUGGAUGUUAAAGUGGACGCUUUUAGUCACAAGGAUAAUAGCACUGAGGUAGACACCUCAUCUAAAUCUUUCAAAGAAGGGGUGCUGGAGUGCCUCCAACGAGCUCUUAGUCAAGCUGAGAUUGACUUCUUGUCCAUGGUUGAGCAAGAUAUGGAAGACAGGCCUGAUCUUGUUUCUGUUGGAUCUUGUGUUUUGGUUGCAUUGCUUGUUGGGAAAGACUUGUAUACGUUGAAUUUAGGUGAUAGUAGAGUUGUCAUUGCAACACAAAGUAGUGACUUUGAUGUUGGAGAGACUGAAAGAUAUAAAGCAAUCCAGCUCACAGAUAUUCAUAAUACUGACAAUGAAGUUGAGAGAUCUAAACUUUUAUUGAAUCACCGUGAUGAUCCUUCAACAAUUACUGCAGGAAAAGUGAAAGGAAAGUUGAAGGUCACUCGUGCUUUUGGUGUUGGAUACCUGAAGAAGAAAGUAUUGAAUGAUGCACUGAUGGGAAUCCUCAGAGUUCGAAAUUUACUAAGUCCUCCUUAUAUCUCUACAAGUCCUUCUGUUAAUGUACACAGAAUUUCAAAAUCCGAUCGUUUUGUUGUACUGGGUAGUGAUGGUUUAUUUGACUUCUUUACCAAUGAAGAGAUCGUUAGACUGGUCCAUUUGUUUAUAUCAAGAUAUCCUUCUGGUGAUCCAGCAAAGUUUUUGCUCGAGCAACUUGUCAUUAGAGCAGCAGAUUGUGCAGGUUUCAGCAUAGAAGAGCUUAUGAAUAUACCACCAGGGAGGAGAAGGAAAUACCAUGAUGACGUGACAGUAAUUGUGAUCACUCUAGGAAUUAAUCAACGCACUUCAAAAGCCUCGACAUGUUUGUAAGUUUCACGCUGCAAAAGUGAAUGGAAUCUGUAAAGAUAUUUUUUGGUUACAUACAAAGACGUGGAGAGAAUUUGGAAGGAGUAAGCAGUCUCCUGGUUUUGGAGGAAAUUUGUUAAAAGAGAGCUGGAACCACAGAAGACUGCACAUUUCGCCUUUCCUCCCUUUCCUGGGUUGGUGACCUAAAGAGUUUUCUAUACGACCAACACUUAUGUAAUAGAUGUGUGUAUGAUUAUGAUGAUGAUGAUAAUGUGUAGGUUAAGUUUUCUCUCUAAAUCUGUCAAGGACUUUGGCUUUUGUACAUAUGCCCAUUUCUUAUGUAUUUCACUAUUUCUGUAUUUCCCUUCUUUUUGCUGGAUUUGAGCAUUUAGUCAUGGUAGACUUGGGCUUGCAUAAUUCGACGAGUCACGCCAUAACUUUUUUGGGAUCAAACUCAUGUACUACUGGUUUAUGGAUUUGUUCAUCUUCUGAUUUUUGCAUCUCAAAAAUUGAUCUCUCUCUCUAUAUAUAUGAUGUUUUUGUUAA